AUGCCAGCUCAAAAGGAAUCCCCGGAAAAGUCUUGCUGGGUGACACUACUGACCAAGCCCUCUUAUGUGCCCGGUGCAGUCAUUCUCGCCCAUACUCUCGAUCUCCACGCAUCAAAAUAUCCUCUGAUAAUUCAAUACACGGCCUCGCUGGGGAGAGAUGCUAUUGCUGCACUGGAAGAAGAAGCGAACAACUAUAGUCGCAUCCAACUACAGCAGGUCAAACUUCUCUUGCCGAGGAAGGACCAAGAAAAUAGAGGUAGUGUGGCCGAGCGCUUCAAGGAUACCUUCACCAAACUCCGAGCUUUUCAGAUAUACACACUUGGCUAUACUCGAGCCGUCUUCUUAGAUGCUGAUAUGGCCGUCUUCCGAAACCCGGACGAGAUCUUUGAUAUUGAGCUCCCUGGACGGGAUUGGCUGGCUGCCAACCACUCUUGUGUCUGCAAUCUUGAUCACGAUUCAUGGGCACCCGCAGAUUGGCAAAAGGGAAACUGUGCAUACACCCCUUUAAAUCAUCCAGACGAUGUAGCCGCUCCUAUCACCGCUGCAAGCCGACCGACAUAUCAGCUGCUCAAUGGUGGAAUGUUUCUCUUCUAUCCAUCUGAGGAUCUAUGGAAUAGGAUGCUCUUACACUUCAACACCACAGAGACACUGAAAGACUAUCAGUUCCCUGAUCAAGACUUUCUGGCAGAGUUCUACAGGGACAAGUGGUGUCCUGUGUCAUGGAAAUUCAAUGCGUUGAAAACGAUGAGAUACUGGCACCCUCGAAUCUGGUCGAAUGAAAAGCUUGUCGUCCUUCACUACAUUGUGGACAAACCGUGGGAGAGGCAGCUUGGUCCACAAGGAGUUGCAGGCCAUCUUGGGAGAGAUGGCGAAACACACGAGUGGUGGUGGCAGAUCUACCACAGUUGGAGACUCCAGAGAAAGGAAGAGCAGACGGGUCGGCUGAUCCUUACAACGAUGCGCAGCCUUGUCGAUACCGAGAAGCCGUUCACAGAACGCAUCCCCCUUCCUCAGGAGGUGGGCAAACCUGAGGACGUUCAACCCUGGCUGUGA